UUUUGGGUUUUAAUUCAUUUUUAAUUUUAUCAAAUCAAAUUGAAGGUAGAUAAUAUAAUGGGCAGGGGAAAAAUUGAAAUUAAGAAAAUAGAGAAUGUAAGUACAAGACAAGUGACAUUCUCAAAGAGGCGUGCUGGAUUGAUCAAGAAAGCACAUGAACUUUCUGUUCUCUGUGAUGCUGAAGUUGGGAUUAUUGUUUUCUCAAAUACUGGCCGCCUUUAUGAGUUCUGCAGUGCUAGCAUGAGGGGAAUACUCGAUCGAUACAAUAGGGCGACGGAGCCUUCUACAUCACAGUUGCAAGCAGAGAUUAGGCAAGAACAAGCUGAGCUAGAACUUUUGAGAAACGAAGUGAGAAGACUCAGAAAUGAAAAUGGGAGGUUAAUGGGUAGUAAUCUUGAGGGUACGACCAUUCAGGAGCUGCAUCAGUUAGAGCAACAACUGAAUGAUGGUUUAACAUCUGUCAAAGAAAAGAAGGAUGCUAUGCUUUUUGAAGAAAUCGAGCGCUCAAAUCGCAAGGAGAGAGAGCUUAAUUAUGAAAAUGAAUUUCUUCGAGGGGAAAUUGAGAAGUUAAAGCAGUUUCUCCCUUUAACUCAGCAACCGGCUCCACAGGGUUUCAUUGAAUACACUCCUGUUGUUGUGCCAAGUAGCAGUGCAGCUGGUCAUUCAAAGGAUGAGCAGGUCAGCCCAGAUACCGUGUGUUACUAUGGAUCCGAUAACACUGAUUCUGAAACAGCACUUCAGUUGAGGCUACCCUGUGGUGACCACUCAAAAAAGGAGAUGUUGCCAAAAAGAGAAACUAAUUCAAGUAGCUGCGCAAGUGACGAGAUGGAGCAAUGACCAUUGAGAGAUAUUCAUUUGAUUGAUGUUGGAAGUUUUGUUAAAAUUAGGAUUAAACCUUCUUUAUUCUAACAUUCAUUUGAAAACAUUGUGCUUCUACUUUAGCAAGAAUUUAACGAAUCG